AUGUCUUCUUUUCCGGAUCACACUCAAGCAUACACUGCUAAAAGCAUAUUCUUAGAUGAACCCAACUUGAAUUCUCAUUUGUAUUAUGACAACAACAAGAUACCUGUUUCUAAUGGAGGAUUAUUUAGUAAUUCAAAUACCAUACCAGCUAAUGGCAUGAUGAUGGGUAAUGGUAUGCUGCAAAUGCCUCGUGAAAAUGUCAUGCCCCAUGAGGCCCAACUAUUGGCUAACCAGAAUAUGGCAGCUCAGAAUUGGCCAAGAGAUUUGAACUCCAAAUUUAUCCAGCCAGUUCAGAGACCAAUGUUUAACAAUGAAAAUAUUUUGAAUCAGCAAAAUAUCACUAACUCAAGAAUGACUGGUAUCUCACCAUUGCAACAAAGUAAACAUCAGAUUACCAGCUUGGGAUUGAACGGCACUCUAACUGCAGACUCAGAUGAUUAUUCCUUAAGUCAAGUUUCUUCCUUGUCAUCUUUAUCUGCACCCACCGAUCAUAUGUUUCAUAACCAACAAAGCACUAAUGGUACAAUUUCGAGUGUGGCUAACCUGGGUAUGACUCAGAACAACACCUUGGCAGCUGCUUCUGCUUUUACACAAGCUAAUGCGCCAGCUUCAAUCAUGAUUAACAAUCAAAAGAACAAUAAUCCUUUGGAUUUCACAAGCGCCCCAAGCAGAACCGUCUAUUUAGGUAACAUUCCUCCAUCAUUAACCAUCAAAGAACUUUUAGAUCAUGUUCGUAGUGGUGUGGUUGAAGAAGCCAAGAUUUUACCUGAAAAGAUGUGUGCCUUCAUUUCAUUCGUUGAAGAAAGCUCUGCACUUUUGUUUCAUUCUGAUGCAAUUCUAAAGAGAUUAAAUAUCGAUAACAGAGAUAUUAAAGUUGGUUGGGGUAAACCAACCGUAUUGGAUCCUUCUAUUGCAUCUCGUAUCAUUAACGAUGGUGCGACAAGAAAUGUGUACAUCGGUCAAGGUAACAACGACAGAAGUUCCAAGGAGAACAAAGAGCCUUUGACUGAAGAAAAAUUACGCGAAGACUUAAAGGAGUAUGGUGAAAUAGAUUCCAUUAAAAUAAUUCCUGAAAAAGAUAUUGCAUUUGUACAUUUCUCUUCAAUUGCCACUGCAAUCAAAGUUGUUUCAACCUUGGCUCAAAAGAACCCAUUUUACCAAGAGAAGAAGAUUUUCUAUGGUAAAGAUAGAUGUGCAUUUAUUACUAAAACUCAACAACACAAUGCCGCCCAAUUCUUAGGUGUUCAACCAGAAAUGGAACAUCUAAUGAGAUACACUGAUCGUGAGUUUAUUUCUAAUGCUCUUUUGCAACAAUCUGCCGCUGCUGCUGCUAUUGCAACCUCAGCAGGUGGUCCAAACAACCUUGGUAACAGAACAGUUUAUUUAGGUAAUUUACCAAAAGGAGUGAAGAUCGAAGAAAUUUGUAAUGCUGUUCGUGGAGGUCUAUUACAAUCUAUUAAACUGCUUGAUGACAGGCAUGUUUGUUUUGUAACAUUUAUUGAUCCAACCGCAGCAGCCCAAUUUUAUGCAAUGAGUUCCCUAUAUGGCUUCACAAUCCAAAGACAGCGUUGUAAAGUUGGUUGGGGUAAACAUUCUGGUCCAUUACCAAAUGCAUUAGCUCUUGCUGUUAGCAACGGUGCUUCAAGAAAUGUGUACCUAGGAAACAUUGAUUUUGAAGCUGACUCGAAGAAAGAACAGCCUAUUUUCAACGAAACUGCCCUUCGUGCCAUUUUCCAAGAAUACGGAGAAGUUGAACAAAUUAACUUUUUGGUUGAGAAGAAAUGUUGCUUUAUUAAUUUCACCAAUAUCAAUAACGCCAUAUUUGCCAUGGACAAGAUUAAAUCGAAUCCUCAUUUUAAGAGUUUGAAAAUUAAUUUCGGUAAGGAUAGAUGCGGUAACGUUCCUCACCAAAUUCGUUAG